UUUAAGGUUUAAGACUUUAAGGUAUAUAUGCUUAGAGCAAGUAACGUCGAGAAAAACAUAAUUUAAGGCGUUUUCUUUGCGCGCCAGAUUCCGUGAAUUUGUCCGCUUUCUCCUGUAGUGUUAGCUUAGCAGCAGGAAGACCGCAGGCUGUUUACCGAAGAUUUCAGCGUUUCUUGCAAUAAUAUCCGAACCUAGUUUUAAAUGUAUUAAAUACAUCUGAGACCUUUAUAUUUGACAUCUUCUCUCAAGUCGUCGCACUGUCCGCCGUUGCACAGGACUCCGUGAAGAGUGAAGGAGAGAUGGCGAGCUCGGUGGGGAACGUGGCUGAUAGCACAGAACCAACCAAACGUAUGCUUUCCUUCCAAGGGUUGGCAGAGCUGGCGCACCGUGAAUAUCAGUCAGGAGAUUUUGAGGCGGCUGAACGCCACUGUAUGCAGCUGUGGAGGCAGGAGCCGGAUAAUACUGGCGUACUGCUGCUGCUCUCCUCUAUCCACUUCCAGUGCCGCAGGCUUGACAGGUCUGCCCACUUUAGCACUCUGGCCAUCAAGCAGAACCCCAUGCUGGCUGAGGCCUACUCUAACCUGGGCAACGUUUACAAGGAACGGGGUCAACUUCAGGAGGCCAUCGAGCACUACCGCCACGCGCUCCGUCUCAAACCGGACUUUAUCGAUGGAUACAUCAACCUGGCAGCAGCGUUGGUGGCAGCAGGGGACAUGGAGGGAGCAGUUCAAGCAUAUGUGUCCGCUCUCCAAUACAAUCCUGAUCUGUAUUGUGUACGCAGUGACUUGGGUAACCUGCUUAAAGCGCUUGGGCGCCUUGAAGAGGCAAAGGCUUGUUACCUGAAGGCAAUUGAAACCCAGCCAAACUUUGCCGUGGCCUGGAGUAACCUGGGCUGCGUGUUCAAUGCUCAGGGGGAGAUCUGGCUGGCCAUACAUCAUUUUGAGAAGGCAGUGACCCUGGACCCUAACUUUUUGGAUGCUUACAUCAACUUGGGCAAUGUUCUGAAAGAGGCUCGUAUCUUUGACAGAGCUGUUGCUGGUUAUCUGCGUGCCCUCAGCCUGAGCCCUAACCAUGCUGUUGUCCAUGGAAACCUGGCGUGUGUGUACUAUGAGCAGGGAUUGAUUGACCUGGCCAUUGAUACUUACCGUCGUGCCAUUGAGCUGCAGCCACACUUUCCUGAUGCAUACUGCAAUCUCGCUAAUGCACUGAAGGAGAAAGGCAGUGUUUCUGAAGCUGAAGAGUGUUACAACACUGCGCUGCGUCUGUGCCCGACUCAUGCAGACUCCCUUAACAAUCUGGCCAACAUCAAGCGUGAGCAGGGCAACAUUGAGGAAGCUGUGCAGCUCUACAGAAAAGCACUGGAGGUGUUCCCUGAAUUUGCCGCUGCCCAUUCAAACCUGGCCAGUGUCCUGCAGCAGCAGGGGAAACUUCAGGAAGCUCUCAUGCACUAUAAGGAGGCAAUCAGAAUCAGCCCCACAUUUGCUGAUGCUUACUCUAACAUGGGCAACACUCUGAAAGAGAUGCAGGAUGUUCAGGGGGCUCUGCAGUGCUACACUCGAGCCAUUCAGAUCAACCCCGCUUUUGCAGAUGCUCACAGUAACUUGGCUUCAAUACACAAGGAUUCUGGGAACAUUCCUGAAGCGAUUGCAUCGUACCGCACUGCCCUGAAGCUCAAGCCAGACUUCCCUGAUGCUUAUUGCAACCUGGCUCACUGUCUGCAGAUUGUAUGUGACUGGACCGACUAUGAUGAGCGCAUGAAGAAGCUGGUGAGCAUUGUGGCUGAUCAACUGGAGAGGAACCGCCUGCCAUCUGUGCAUCCCCAUCACAGCAUGCUCUACCCCCUCUCUCACGGUUUCCGCAAGGCAAUUGCAGAGAGGCAUGGCAACUUGUGUCUGGAUAAGAUCAAUGCUCUUCAUAAACCUGCCUAUGAGCAUCCAAAGGACUUGAAGGCCAGUGGAGGCCGUUUGCGUGUGGGUUACGUUAGCUCUGAUUUUGGCAACCAUCCCACUUCCCACCUGAUGCAGUCCAUCCCUGGCAUGCACAACUCUGAGAAGUUCGAGGUGUUUUGCUAUGCUCUCAGCCCCGAUGACAGCACCAACUUCAGAGUUAAAGUCAUAGCAGAGGCUCAUCACUUCACUGACCUCUCACAGAUCCCCUGUAACGGAAAGGCAGCAGACAGGAUCCUUCAAGAUGGAGUCCACAUCCUGGUCAACAUGAAUGGUUAUACUAAAGGAGCACGCAAUGAGCUUUUCGCAUUGCGCCCUGCACCCAUUCAGGUAGGCCAGCGGUCAGGAACCUAUGGCUCGCGAGCCACACCUCGCCAGAUCUUUCACUCUUUACCAACAAAUGACCUAUUACAAAAAUUAGACAUCACUAGAGAUCAGCAAUUCCUUUGUUGUAGAGCCUACAUAAGCUGAUAAAACGUUUAAAAU